UGUGACGUAAACGUAAAUUGUCAAAUUCCUUCCAAGCACGUGUACGUGUUGAAGUUGUUGGAAAACCCGCUUUUCCCCAAUCACAGCUUAAAAAGCGGAAAAUGAUGGCAGAAGCUGCUGGUGAAACGUUAUCCAAGAAGUAAGUCGUCGGCUAAAUGUACCACGUUGGUUUAUAAAUGCGCUGCAACGAUUGUUGUUCAUAACAUUCCUUGGACCAAAGAUGAUUAGCUUUGUCAGAGGGAGAUUUUUCUCAACGAAUUUGAGAAUUUUGCAAUUAUCUAAAAGUGAACUCAAGAGGAGGUUGAAGGCAGAACAAAAAGCAAAAGAGAAAGCUGAAAAAGCUGCCCAGCAGGUAGCUCAAGAAGCAGAAAAGUCGCAGAAACCAACAGAAAACAAGCUCAAUGAAGAGGAAAUUAAUCCCAAUGAAUACUUCAAAAUCCGUACAGCUGCCAUACAGCAUCUUAAGGAAUUGGGUGGGGAGAAUCACCCUUACCCUCACAAGUUUCAUGUAUCCAUAUCUUUAGAAGAAUUUAUAGAGAAAUACAAAGAUCUGAAAGAUGGUGAGGUGCUAAACAGUGAACCAGUGAGUGUGGCAGGACGAAUCCAUGCGCUGAGAGAAUCUGGAUCUAAACUGAUAUUUUAUGAUCUCAGAGGAGAAGGAACGAAAAUUCAAAUCAUGGCCACAGCUAGACAAUAUGGUGAUGAGAACAAGUUUGAGGAAGAUAUUGAGAAAAUUAGACGGGGAGAUAUUGUUGGUGUUGAAGGUGUGCCAGCUAAAACUAAGAAGGGAGAAUUAUCAAUUGUUCCCAAGAAACUCAAAUUGCUGUCUCCUUGUGUUCAUAUGUUACCUCAUUUGCACUAUGGUCUAAAAGAUAAAGAAACUAGAUAUAGGCAAAGGUACCUGGAUUUGAUGCUGAACAACCGAGUGCGCAAAAUAUUCGAAGUGCGCGCCAAAAUUAUAGCUUUCGUCCGGCGUUUCCUGGACGAAUUGGGCUUCCUAGAAGUAGAGACACCAAUGAUGAACCUGAUCGCUGGUGGCGCCACUGCAAAACCGUUCAUCACGCAUCACAACGAGCUCAACAUGGAUUUGUACAUGAGAAUUGCUCCUGAGCUGUAUCACAAAAUGCUUGUUGUUGGAGGCUUGGAUAGGGUCUAUGAGAUUGGAAGGCAGUUUAGAAAUGAAGGUAUUGAUCUCACUCAUAAUCCUGAGUUUACCACCUGCGAAUUCUAUAUGGCAUAUGCAGAUUACAAUGAUCUGAUUGUAAUGACAGAAACGAUGGUAUCAGAUAUGGUGAAGAGCAUCCACGGUACAUACAAGGUUAAAUAUCAUCCUGAUGGGCUAGAAGGUGAAGAGGUUGAGAUAGAUUUCACGCCUCCAUUCAAACGGUAUCCCAUGAUACCCACCCUUGAGGAAAUACUGAAAGUAAAAUUCCCUCCCGCAACAGAACUGACAACAGAGGCUGUGAAUAAAUUCCUAAGUGAUCUUUGUCUCAAACACGAUGUGGAAUGUCCGCCUCCUAGAACAUCAGCUAGAUUGCUAGAUAAACUUGUAGGUGAAUUCAUUGAAGAAAAAUGCGUGAAUCCCGCCUUCAUUACGGAACAUCCUCAAGUUAUGAGUCCAUUAGCUAAAUGGCACAGGUCCAUCCCUGGACUGACCGAAAGGUUUGAAUUGUUUGUUAUGAAGAAAGAAGUAUGCAAUGCUUAUACGGAACUCAACGAUCCUGUCGUCCAGAGGCAGAGGUUUGAACAGCAAGCAGCUGAUAAGGUGCUAACUUUUAUUGUACAUAAUUACAUAUUUAAGACUAGAACAAGAUGUUACCUAUGAUCCAUGAGCCCUUUUGACCUUGAAUGUACAAGGUCUGUAAAUCAAGUAAUGAGACUGGCAACGUAGCGGACGAUCCGGCAACACUGGGUGCGCCGGGAUUUGAAGGGAGUGAGGGGAACAUGUGAUCCGCUUUCAGUACAAGUUUGAACUCGCUCGAGUCAUUUGGUUGUACGGUUGAUUUGUGAAACAGUUUUUUCUACUGUGUUCUAAAAAUGAGCAACAUCAAUUUCAAGUAAUGGUGUGCUAUGAGGUUUUGCUUUGGACCUGGGCACAGUGCAACAGAAACUCGUGCUAAACUUCAAAAGGCCUACAGAGAUAGUGUUUUGUCUAGAGGCCCGGUGUUUCGGUGGUUUAAGGCAGUUUCAGAAGUGCAGAUCGCCCGUUGGUCCGAAUGAUCGGGGAAGAGUUAAAUUUGACUCCUGCCACCGUUCAUCAGAUUUUGACCAGUAAAUUGGGGAUGAGAAAAAUCUGCGCAAAAAUGGUUGCGAAAAAACCUUUCACAAGACCAAAAGGACAUCGGGGAGGAAAGGUGCCUUGACUUUUUGGGUUUGAUUGAAAAUGGCCCCUAUUUUUUGGAACCUGUCAUUACUGGUGACGAGUCUUCGGUCUUUGAUUUCGACCCAGGAACCAAGCGCCUGAGUAUGCAGUGGGACACUUCAACGUCUCCAAGGCACAAGUUGAAUAUCAAAUGCAUGCUGAUUUGUUUUUUCGAUAUCCACGGAUUUGUUCACAAAAAGUUUCUACCUCAAGGCCAAACAGACAAUCAACACUUUUACCGGGAGGCUGAAGUUGAAAAAUCACCUCAAGGGAACUCAUUUCAGCCGAAAACGUGUAUCGCAGCUCCAGCACUGCUAUGAGGAGUGGAAGAACCGUCUUCAGCGCUGGGUGGCUUCAGAAGGAGGUUAUUUUGAGGGUGACCAUAUAAAAUUGUAAUUAUAUUUGAAUAAAAAAAAAUCGGUCUCAUUACUUAAUUUACAGACCUCGUAUCUAUGGGAUGUUAGGAAUAAAUUCUUGAAAGGAUGUUAAAAUGUGUUUAGCUUUUUAUAACGCACAUUUUUUGCGACAUUCCUUUCAAUUAAUUGGAAAUUCGUGUUAUUAAUGAUCUAACAUAUUGUUCUAUUUCUAGGCAGCUGGGGAUGACGAGGCUCAGCUGGUAGACGAGAAUUUCUGUACAGCUCUUGAAUAUGGCUUGCCACCUACUGGAGGAUGGGGUAUGGGCAUUGACAGGCUCACUAUGUUUUUAACUGACAAUAACAAUAUUAAGGAAGUAUUACUGUUUCCCGCAAUGAAACCUGAUGACCCAAAUAAGAAUAAGGAUGAAGAGAAAGAAGAAAAGUGCUGAUAGGUUGUUGGCAAUUAUUAAAAAAAUAAUUUAUUCUAUUUAAAACACUGAAUCACUUUUGAAGUAUUUGCUUUGACAUUAUGUUUUUCGAUUGUAAGAAUAAACUGGAUCAAAUCUAA